AUGGCUUCCGAUACUAGUCGUCCCGAGUGGACUGCUCCUCGGGUUCGAGAGACUUUCUUGGACUACUUCAAGCAGAAUGGUCAUACAUUCGUCCCUUCAUCCUCUGUCGCUCCUCUAUCGGACCCGACUCUACUCUUCACCAAUGCGGGCAUGAAUCAGUACAAGUCCAUCUUCCUCGGUACUGUGGAUCCACAAUCAGACUUUGCGAAACUGCGACGCGCUGUGAACUCUCAAAAGUGCAUUCGUGCUGGUGGUAAACACAACGAUCUUGACGAUGUCGGCAAAGACAGCUAUCAUCAUACUUUCUUCGAGAUGCUCGGAAACUGGAGUUUCGGCGACUACUUCAAGAAGGAGGCAAUCACCUACUCGUGGACUUUGCUCACGAAAGUGUACGGACUAAACCCCGAUCGACUGUACGUGACAUACUUUGAGGGUGAUGAGAAGGGUGGUCUGGAGCCCGAUUUGGAAGCUCGGGAUCUGUGGAGAUCCGUGGGCGUUCCGCAAGACCAUAUUCUCCCUGGAAACAUGAAGGACAAUUUCUGGGAGAUGGGCGAUCAGGGCCCCUGUGGACCCUGCAGUGAAGUUCACUACGACCGCAUCGGCGGCCGUAACGCUGCAUCUCUCGUCAACCAGGACGACCCGAAUGUCCUGGAGAUCUGGAACAAUGUGUUCAUCCAAUAUAACCGCGAGGCAGACCGCUCAUUGAGGCCUCUCCCCAACAAGCACGUCGACACAGGAAUGGGCUUCGAGCGUCUAGUCUCUGUCCUUCAAGACAAGUCUUCCAAUUACGAUACGGAUGUGUUCACUCCCAUUUUCCAGGCCAUUCGGAACGCCACCGGUGCCCGGGAAUACCGAGGCCGAUUUGGCGCCGAAGACCCCGAUGGUAUCGAUACCGCCUACCGUGUUGUUGCGGACCAUGUGCGCACUUUGAUGUUCGCCAUCUCGGAUGGUGUCAUGCCCAACAAUGAGGGUCGAGGAUACGUCAUUCGCCGCGUGCUGCGUCGUGGUGCUCGCUAUGCUCGCAAGUACUUCCAGGUGGAGAUUGGUAACUUUUUCUCCAAGCUCGUACCCACCGUCGUGGAACAACUCGGUGGUAUGUUCCCGGAGCUAGUCAAGAAGCAGCAGGAUGUGAUGGAGGUUUUGGACGAGGAGGAAAUCUCCUUCGCCAAGACCUUGGAUCGUGGUGAGCGCCAGUUUGAGCAAUACGCCCAGCACGCCAAGCUGAAGGGUGACGACAAGUUGCAUGGCGCGGAUGUGUGGCGUCUCUACGACACUUUCGGUUUCCCAGUCGACUUGACCCAGAUCAUGGCCGAGGAGCGCUCUCUUCGUAUCGACGACGCCGAAUUUGAAGAGGCUCGCUUGAAGGCCAAAGAGGCCAGCAAGGGUCAGAAGAAGGCUGCGGACAACGUUGUCAAGCUGGACGUUCACGACCUCGGUAAGUUGGAGAAGAUGAACGAUGUGCGCAAGACCGACGACUCUGCCAAGUUUGGCCGCGAGAACAUUACUGCUCAUGUCAAGGCUAUCUACCAUGGCAAGACCUUCUACGACAACACGGAGAAGAUUGCAGAUGGUGAACAGCUUGGUGUCAUUCUGGACUGCACCAACUUCUACGCUGAGCAGGGUGGCCAAGAGGCUGACACUGGCCGCAUCAUUAUCGACGGCAAGGCUGAAUUGGAAGUUGGAGACGUUCAGGUCUACGCCGGAUACGUCUUGCACACUGGUUUCAUGAAGUACGGAUCCCUCUCGGUCGGUGACUCUGUAAUUUGUGAGUACGAUGAGCUUCGCAGAUGGCCCAUUCGUAAUAAUCAUACCGGUACCCACAUUCUUAACUUCGCUCUCCGUGAGGUUCUGGGAGACGGUAUUGAUCAAAAAGGCUCCCUGGUGUCGGCCGAGAAGCUUCGCUUUGAUUUCUCCCAUAAGGCCGCAGUCUCGGAUGCGGAUCUUGAGAAGAUUGAGUCCAAGUCGACCGAGUACAUCAGGCAGAACUGCACUGUCUACUCCAAGGAAUUGCCCUUGGCGACUGCGCAAGAGAUCUCUGGUGUGCGUGCCGUCUUCGGCGAGACCUAUCCUGACCCUGUUCGGGUCGUGUCCGUCGGUGUUGAGAUCGAAGAAAUCCUGCGUAACGUUAAGGAUCCUCGUUGGGGACAAGUGAGCAUUGAGUUCUGCGGUGGCACCCAUGUGCAAAAAACUGGUGACAUCAAGGACUUGAUCAUUUUGGAAGAGAGCGGCAUUGCCAAGGGUAUCCGACGUAUUAUUGCGGUUACCGGUGAAGAAGCCCAUGAAGUUCAGCGAGUCGCCAAGGACUUCGAGGCGCGUCUUGACCGACUGGAGGCCAUGCCUCUCGGUCCCCAGAAGGAACGUGAGUCUAAGCAAGUGCAGGUGGACUUGAACCAACUCGUCGUCUCUGCAGUGCGCAAGGCGCAGUUCCGCACUCGGUAUGCCGCGAUCAACAAGCAGGUUCUGGAUGGCCAGAAGGCUCAGCAAAAGAUGGAAUCCAAGAUGGCUCUGGAAGCGAUCACCUCCUACUUUGAUGCGCCCGAGAACAAGGACUCCAACACGCUCGUUGUCAAACUCCCCAUGCCUGCUAGUGCCAAGGCCGUGAGCGAGUCCAUCAACCACGUCAAGUCCAAGCUGCAGAACAAGAGCGUUUAUGUCAUGGCUGUGGACCCCGAGCAGACUCGUGUUGCCCACGGUUGCCACGUGGCUAAAGACCUUGGUGAUAAGGGUGCUUCGGCGAACGAGUGGGCUUCCGUGGUCUCCAGCAGCAUUGGUGGCAAAGCCGGAGGCAAGGGCGCCACUUCCAUCGGCAAUGGCACCAACCCGGAUAAGGUCGAUGAAGCCGUGACAUUGGCUACUGAGUACUUGAGCAAGUUCAAGCUCUAG